AACAAAUUGCCCAUGUUCAAUUUAGUUGCACGUACAAAAUGAUCUAGUGUACAUUUUUAUUCAUAAAGGGCGUUGGUCUAAGUGAUGGAUCAAUCUGAAGAACAUUAAAAGACCUUCACGUUCGCUUCUGCAAAGGUUGGAGUGUUCGGAUAAGCUGACACGCCCCUUAGAGGCUGAAGCAACGGGCUUUACCGACUGCACUCGAGACGUUGCGAAGUACCGGACGGAUUCCUUAGUUGCAUCUUGGUCCAGAGUUGAGGUGGAAAAGAAGUAGAAAGGGGAGAAAGAAGCGCUUGGCGAAGCUAAAUAACGGAAUUUCGUCUUAUUAGCCGGGUUUACAGACCAUCAGUUUGGAGGAUACUGGAAGUGAACUGUAAGCACGAGCCAAUAUGCAGAACCUGAGACUUCUCAUCUUAAGCAUGCUGUUGUGCUCAGCUUUCUCUGCAACUCUGAAAGCCCAUGAAGAUUCCUUGACUCUUUUUUAUGGGGAAGACUUUCACAUCACCAUGCCUGCUGGUGGGGCUGAUGUGUCGUUCAGGCCUUCCGUUGUUACUGGACAUGAGAAGCUGCUGAUGAGUUCAGGGAAGGUGGUGGAUCCUCGUGCCAAACUCAAUGCUGGUUUGAGCCACCUGAUCUUGGAGAAUGUAGGAGAGAGUGAUGAAGGAGUCUAUACUGUCACAUCCAACCAAAACCCUGAGGAUGUUACAAGCAUCAAACUCUAUGUUAGAGAUUGCUCUAGUGAGCAUAUUGUCAAGUAUGGCUCAGAUUUUCAUGUUUCGCUGAAUGAUAUCUCUGAGCCAGUGCAAGUGGACUUUCGCCACAGCACAGUGGAGGCCAAUCAGACGUCCCUGCCAGCCCUGGUAGUGCUGAAUGAUGAUGGAACACCCUGGAACAAUUACCAGGACCGCAUCAGUGUCACUGCUCAAAGGUUCACUCUCCAUGCUGUCACAGAGGCUGAUGAAGGCAGUUACACCUUCAGUGAUUCCAAUGGGAAAGUCAAGAAGAAGAUCUGCCUAAAUGUGAAAGAGCAUCAGAUCUUUGUUACCCUUUCAUUUGGUGGCACUCUGAAAAUAAAUCUGCACUUGAAUAGCUCCUUGGCUCGCCUGUUCUACACCCCAAGCUCUGAUAAACAUAGGUAUUUGAUUAUGGAGAAAGGAGAGCUCAAGCUGCUCCCUAACCUCCUGAAUCUCAAUGAUCGUCUCUUUUUGGAGGAUUCUUUGUGUGUUCUGACGGGUUUGAAGGAAAGUGAUGCUGGAGUUUUCAGUGUGACUGACCUUCAAGGAUUCCUUGUGUCUGAUGUCUACCUGGAGGUGGAAGCAUAUAAGCUUCCUAAACUUUACGUUGCCAUCAUUGCUCUGGUAGCAUUAGUGGUGGUGCUGCUGUUGGUGUGUCUGGUAUCAUGUUUGGUAAAGAUACGCAAACGUGCAGCAAAAGCCAAAGCCAUUGAGGAGAAAGCCCAGAAUGCAGGCAAAGUUGAGAGAGAUGCCUUCAGACAGGUUGUGAAAGAGGCCUGUGCCCAGCAGAACGAUGAAGCUCCACCCCUGUCACAAAAAGAGGAUAUCACUGAGAAAUCACAGAGUACAGAGGUCAGCAUUAAGGGUUUGGAGGUAUCUACUAAAGAGCCAAGCCUCCAAGAAAGGAACCUGGAAACCAGUGACUCUGGAGUAGGCUUUAAUACCACUGGCCUUCCACUUGACAGUGACACUGAUGCACCAACAGCACCCAUAGCAGAUUCUGAUGUAUUAAGUUCUUCUGCUGCUCCUGAUAUCAAAGCCAUUCCCAACCAAAUUCCAGAGCAGAACACUGCUCCAUCACCUCCAAAACCAGCCCCAACUUCUGACAUGAAGCUAGCACCUGCUACCAAGUCAAUGGCUCCUCCACCACCUUCUCCUGAACCCAAACCUCUAGUAACACCUGAACCCAAGCCUGCUGUCACACCAACAGCUGAAGCCAAACCUGCUGUUUCCCCAAAAGCAGAACCCGAAAGCAAACCUGUUGUUACACCUGAACUAAAAUUGACCAUUCCACCAUCACCUGAAGCAAAACCAACCUUAAGUCUGUCUCCAGAACCAAAGCCAGUUCUGACACCUGAUUCAAAACCAAUUAUGAGUCCAACAUCUGCAACCACUGAUGUUAAGCCAAUGCCAAGUCCAACCCUGGAACCUCCCAAAGCAGUAACACCAACACCUGAUGCAAAACCAACCUUAAGCCUGUCUCCAGAACCAAAGUCAGCUCUGACACCUGAUUCAAAACCAAUUAUGAGUCCAACACCUGCAACCACUGAUGUUAAGCCAAUGCCAAGUCCAACCCUGGAACCUCCCAAAGCAGUAACACCAACACCUGAUGCAAAACCAGCCAGUUCCCCGGAUGCCAAACCAGCAGUCUCACCAACCCCUGAUCCAUCUAAAGUUGGCACCCCUGAGCACAAACCUGCAGUGAGCCCAACACCAGAUCCCAAACAAUCAGUCACUGCAGCUCCUGAUCCCAUACCUGCUCUGACUCCGGAUCCUAAACCAGCUACAGUCUCUCCAGUCCCUGAGCUUAAACCAACUUCACCCACUCCACAGUCUAAACCACCUGUCUCGCCAGUUCUCGACCCCAAACCAACCACUAAUGGUACUCCAGAGUCCAAGGCUGACAGUGGGUCCAUCUCUCCUGGGCUGGAUGUGAAGGGCAUGGAGGCAUCUGCUACUACUCCUCCCAAAACCCCUAAUACUGGGAAACGCUCAGUCAAAACUCCUGAGCUCAUCCCUGCUCUGGAAGGAAAACUAGACUCGACUUCUCCCAGUGACAGUGCACCACCCUCAAGCACUGAUGUAGCUGCAACCAACUGAGAUUACAACCGUAGCUUCUUUCCUGUCACCUCCUCGUGUAUUAACCACCAAUCGAGACACUUGACUUAACAACAAAGUAGAGCAAAGUGACUUCCUAAGGGGGUGGGGUUCUUCAGUCUUUUGAGUCUCACUUUUAAUACGAUUAACAUGCAUCAAUAAUACAAUCCACUGUAAAUUCACUCGGUUUACUAAUAUGUAAUUACUCCGUAACAGUAGUGUAACAUACAUGAAGUACAGAUAUAAAGCACUGCAGACCAUACAUAAUUGGCUAAUUUAACCCCCCAAAAAAUGAAAAUUCAUUCAUUAUUUACUCGUAAUGUUGCAAACCCGUAUGAUUUUCUUUCUUAUGCGGAAUAGAAAAUAUCCCGAUCCGUCUUUUUAAUACAAUGGCAGUUGAUAGUGCCUCACUUUAAAACUUUAAAAAAGGGCCCAAAAUUAUCAUAAAAGUAGUUUAUGCAACCAUGUACUGUCCACUGCCAUUGUAUUGAGAAGGCAGAACGAGAUAUUCAUUAAAACAUCUCCAUUUGUGUUCCACAUAAAAAAGACAUGAACGACAUGAAGUUGAGUAAAUUAUUAAAGUAUUUUCAGUUUCGGGUGAAUUAUUUCUUUAAUACAGAAUGAAGGAGGCUGUCUGGGGGAUUUAAGGAAAGUGCACAAAGGCAAAUCUUCCUUCACCGAAAUAAUACAGCAUCACUGCAUGAAGAUAUUGAGAAAAUAUAUUGUAUUAUCUUUUUUUUAUAAUUCAAGAUUACUGCAGUUAAACUUGAAGUACACAGAAGGCACAACUUUCUGGUUUUUGAGGACUGAAAAACUUUGUCAUACUGCAGCACAUGCAAGUCAUCAAGUCAUUAUGACAAAGGACAUGUCUCAGUGUUGCAUCUUUGAAGAAAAGGGAAACAGUAAAGUGAGAAGCCAAACGAAGAUCUUAUGAUGAAGGACAUCUAUUUAGCCAAACUUUGAAAAUCACAACCAAAUUCCAAAGACAAAUCUGUGACUCUGUGCCUGGAGGACAUUUUUGAGAAUCUUCUUCAUUUUAUCCAACCUAAGACACUUCACAUUUCCUGUUCAUUCAAUAACAACAUUUUUUUUGUUGUAAUCUCCUAAGUAAUAUUUCCAUUAGCAAGAUCUGUUACAAAUUUCACUCUUGAAAACACUCAGCGACAACAGUAUCUAUAAGCAAGAUCUUUGAUCUUAUGAAUGAGAUAUGUUCGGAUUGAUAGCUGUCAAUGGUAAGGCUGUUUGCAUAGUUUCUGUCAUUCCAUCAAAAUGAUCUGUUUCUGAUCUAUUCAGAAGGAUGUUUGCAGAUUCUUGUUGCUUGGAGUUGAAGUGAACAAGCUUUGUAUUUAGAUUGUUGCGUCGUGUCUGGUUAAAGGGAUAGUUCACCCAAAAAUGAAAAUUCUGACAUACUUUACUCACGUUGUUCCAACCCCAUAUCUUUCUUUCUUAGGCAGAACACAAAGCGAAAUGUUUUAAUAAAUAUCAUGGCCCAUUUUUUCAAAACAUACAGAUUUAAAAUUUUUGGGAGAAGUAUGCCUUUAAUCUACAAUUCCACAAGUAAUUUUGAAUUUAAAGUUGAAAGACUUCAGUCUCACAUAUCAGUUUACAAAUAUUCAAGGUGCCUCCAGAGGAACCUGAACACCACUGCCUGAUAGUUCAUGUUAUACACUUCCAGGAAUCUGCUCUUAACACACUAUCUAUGGGAGCUUUGUUGUAAUCUUGUAGAUGGUAGCUAAUUCAAUAUGUCUAUCAAGAUCUAGAGCGUGGGCAAAUCUGAUCGAGCAGAGGAUUGUGAGUAGAUUUUCUAACUGCAGAACAUGAUAUCUACCUCACAUUAUAGCCUAACGUAACCCAAGCAACAUUGUAUGGUAUACUGACAUGUAGAUGAAGGCUUUUUGGCAAAGCACAAAGUUUAAAAAAUUUACGAUUUAAGGUUUAAAAUACUAAAUCACGUAUUUUACAAUCUGGCAAUGCCUUCCCCCACACAUCUCUGAAAAUUGCCUUGUUCUUUCCAAACCUUUUACACCUUUUUAAUACCCAUGCAAGGAAAUGAGACUUAAAAGUCAUACAUUCUUAGCUAAAUAUAUACAAAAAAUGUAAAUAUCACAAACACUAGAUGUUAUAUAUAAGGUGCACUGAAACUUUCAAUGGUAAUAAUUAUUACAUACCACUUGACAUAACAGAAUUUGUGACCAAAAAUGCAUAUGUAGUCAAUAAAUGAUAAUUUAUAAUGGCUUAUGAGCACA